CAUAUGUUUGAUGGGAAGAACCAACCGGCUUUAGCAGCGAUGUUGUUAUGGCGAUACAUAAGCUUUAUUGAUAUGACAUUUUAAUUCAAGAUCACUCUGCAAAACGAUAAGAGAUGAACCGGUUUUGAACGUUAAUGCCAUAAACAAACAUAGGGAAAUGAGAAAGGGAAAAAAGCACCAGCAAGUAAACAGUAAUGGGAGCAGACGGAAUAGUAGUACAAAUCGAAACGAGAAGGGACACGCCGAACAUGUGUCCUGGAAAAAGCAGAAGCUCGUUGACAUACACCAAGCUCUCAACAGUGACCCAGUGGACAUUGAAACCCUGCGAAAGGCGGCUGUGAGCGAGGGUGGUCUACUGACCGAUGAUAUCAGGAGAAAAGUCUGGCCCAAACUACUCAACGUCAAUGUGUACAACCUCCCAACAAAACCUGGGAGAGAUGUCAGGGAGAACCACAAGGACUACAACCAGGUCCUUCUGGACGUCAGGAGAUCAAUGCGCCGUUUUCCUAGAGGAAUGCGGGUUGCUGAGAGAGAGGUGCUGCAGGAACAGCUGAUUGACAUCAUCCUGGAUGUUCUGAGGAGGAACCCGCAGCUGCACUAUUACCAGGGCUACCAUGACAUCGUGGUCACCUUCCUGCUUGUGGUGGGGGAGAGGAUGGCCAUAGCCCUGGUGGAGACCCUCUCAAAUCACCACCUCAGGGAUUUCAUGGACCCCACAAUGGACAGUACAAAGCACAUCCUGAAUUACUUGAUGCCAAUUCUGGAGCAGGUGGACCGAGAGCUACAUGACUUUAUGCUACAGGCUGAAGUUGGCACCAUCUUUGCUCUCAGCUGGCUCAUCACCUGGUACGGCCACGUCCUCUCCGACUUCCGGCACGUUCUUCGGCUCUAUGACUUCUUCCUGGCCUCCCAUCCUCUGAUGGCCAUCUACUUUGCCGCCGUGAUUGUGCUGCAUCGGGAGAAAGAGGUGAAGGCCAGUGAGUGUGACAUGGCCAUGGUCCACCACCUGCUCUCCAACAUCCCCCAGAACCUGCCCUACGAGGAGCUCAUCGAGCGCGCACAGAGCCUCUUCGCCCGCUACCCCCCCUCCCAGCUGGCCAAGAGAGCCGCUCUGCAGUCCCGGAAGAGUAUCGCCAUCAGCACCUUCCAGGACUUCCAGCAGACCACCCUCCAGCAGCGGCCCGACUCCGUCCUGCGACGCCAGCGCCUGACCCACGGUCAGCUGGCCCUGACUGACGACACUGCCGCGGCAGCGACGCCCGCCUCCGCCAACCAGCUGGUCAAGAUGGCCGUGUGGGGCAUCUCCGCCACCCUGGGAGCCGCGGCGUUGGCGGUGGCCCAGACGGCCUUCGAGUGGGGACCCGACCUCCUCCUCCAGCUCUUCUAGAGAAACAAACAAACAAACAAACAAACAAACAAAUACAAAAUCACUACAAUCCCCAGUACCUCCUCCUCCAGCUCUUCUAGAGAAACAAACAAACAAACAAACAAAUACAAAAUCACUACAAUCCCCAGUAUCCCAAACCAAACCCCCUGAUUUGGUGUGCCAAACCUUCCGUACUAGUCCUCUGCAACAUCCUGCCAUAAGUGACCUCUGGGUAAUUUCCCCGUGACUCAAAACACUGACUCAUUUAUUUCCGAAGCGGUUUUUAAAGCCUAGAUUUCCAGCCCCCUCUCAUUUGUAUCAGGAGUGAAGGGUCUGAAGUCUGAGUUUUUUGCUAAUGAAGCACAGUUUGCCCGAUGGUGGACCAUCAGCAUUUUGUCUUAGAGGGCUGAACUGCCCGAGAAGCUGAUUCAUGCACAUUCAUAGCUCUGUGCUGUGUGAAUGACUGAAAUAGGCAUAAUUUCAUAAUAGUGUUUUCUAUUCUUCAGCUUUUACACCGUCAAGAGAGAGAGGACAGUGUGUGUGUGUGAGAGAGAGAGAGAUAAAAAACACAAAUUGAAUGAUUGCCAGGUGACUGCCUGGCAAGAGCACCUUGUGUGUGUUCUAGCAAAAGUAAAGAACUGUAAAGAAUAUGCUUCUUCGGAGGGGAAAAUCCAUUUUUGGCCUUUGAUGACUCCAUCCAUGCAUUUCCAUCUGUGUAUUUUACAUGUUCAGUCUUUGCUCACUUGAACUACUUUGGAAAACCUGAUGCUUCUGUAAAGCUGAAGUUUUUUAACUAGAAUGUCUUACGUGCUGAGAAGAUACAGAAGAAGAA